CGCUACCGGGGCCGCGGCGGGCGGGGCUCCGGCGGGGCCCAGCCUAGUCCCCAGCGGUCCCUCGCUCCGCGCCUCGCUCCCGCCUUCCCCGAUGCAGGGGGCCGAGCUCCGGGACGGCGAGGCGGCGGCGGCGGCGGCAGCGGCAGCGGCGGCCUCGUACCGCGUCCUGAGCCGCCUGCUGGGCUACGGAGAAGCGGCCUCGGAGCCGGCCCCACCGCCACUGCCGCUGCCGCCGCCGGCCCCGGGCCAUGGACCCCAUCCGCUGCCCCCGGCCCAGAGCCCGGUCCCGCCGCCGCCGCCGCCGCCCUUCCUGCCGAGGCCGGGGCCCCGGAAUUCCCGGCCGCCGCAGCUGAUGGUGUUCCGCAACGUAGGGCGGCCGCCGGAGGAGGAGGAGGCGGCGGCGGCGGCGGGACCUGGGCCGGGGCCCUCGGAGCUGCUGUGCCCCCGGCACCGUUGCACCCUGGACCCCAAGGCCCUACCGCCGGGGCUGGGGUUGGGGCUGGGCCUGGGGCUGGGGUUGGAGCGGGGCUGGGGCCCGGCGGCGGCGGCAGCGGCGGCCGCGGGGCUGGAGGCCCACCUGGCAGCGCUGGGUCUGGGGCCGGCCGGCAAGGGCCCGGGGCCCGCCGAGGGUAGCUGCCCGUGCGCCCCGCAGCUGUCCGGGCCGCAGCCCCCACCGCCCGCCGCGGCUCCGCAGGCCCGAGAGGACCCCACGGAGACGAGCGACGCGCUGCUAGUGCUGGAGGCGCUGGAGUCGGAGGCUGAGAGCCUGGAGACGAACAGCUGCUCCGAGGAGGAGCUCAGCAGCCCCGGCCGGGGGGCGGGCGGAGGAGGAGGCGGCGGCCGAUCAGCGUCUCUGCAGCCCCUGGUCCCCGAGCUGCCGCCCGCGCCCUUCCCGCUGCAGGACCUGGUGCCCCCGGGGCGGCCCUCCAGAGUGGAGCCCCCGCCGCCCCCGCAGCAGCAGCUCUCGGCGCCCCUCCGGCCGCCUCUGGGCACCUCUCGCAAAGGCUCGCUCAGAAUCCGCCUCAGUCGUCUCUUCCGCACGAAGAGUUGUAACGGGGCCUCUGCCAGCGGGGAUGCGGCCGGCAAGAGGCCUCCGGGGGAGUUGGCUGGCUCUUCUGUGAGUCUGACCGACGUGGGAGGCUCCAGGGCCCGGGAGCCAGAGGCGGGGAGGAAACCCAGGUUGACAAGAACUCAAAGUGCCUUUUCUCCGGUCUCCUUCAGCCCCUUCUUCACAGGUGAAACAGUGUCACUUGUGGACGUGGACAUUUCUCAGCGAGGUCUGACCUCUCCACAUCCUCCAACUCCCCCUCCUCCUCCACGAAGAAGCCUCAGCCUCCUAGAUGAUAUCAGUGGGACGCUGCCUACAUCUGUCCUAGUGGCUCCGAUGGGGUCUUCCCUGCAGUCCUUUCCCUUGCCUCCACCUCCUCCGCCCCAUGCCCCAGAUGCAUUUCCCCGGAUUGUACCCAUCCGAGCUACUGAAUCCCUACAUAACCAACCCACCCAGCACCUUCAAUGUCCUCUCUACCGACCUGACUCUAGCAGCUUUGCAGCUAGCCUUCGGGAAUUGGAGAAGUGUGGUUGGUAUUGGGGGCCUAUGAAUUGGGAAGAUGCUGAAAUGAAACUGAAGGGGAAGCCAGAUGGUUCCUUUCUGGUACGGGACAGCUCUGAUCCCCGAUAUAUCCUGAGCCUCAGCUUCCGAUCCCAGGGUAUCACACACCAUACCAGAAUGGAGCACUACAGAGGUACUUUCAGCCUCUGGUGUCACCCCAAGUUUGAGGACCGUUGCCAGUCAGUGGUGGAAUUUAUCAAGAGGGCCAUAAUGCACUCCAAGAAUGGGAAGUUUCUCUAUUUCUUAAGGUCAAGGGUUCCAGGACUCCCACCAACUCCAGUCCAGCUCCUCUAUCCCGUGUCCAGAUUCAGCAAUGUCAAAUCUCUCCAGCAUCUUUGCCGCUUUCGGAUCCGACAGCUUGUCCGGAUAGAUCACAUCCCAGAUCUUCCUUUGCCGAAGCCUCUGAUCUCUUACAUCAGAAAGUUCUACUACUAUGAUCCUCAAGAAGAAGUAUACCUGUCCUUGAAGGAGGCGCAGCUCAUUUCAAGACAGAAGCCGGAGGUAGAGCCCUCCACGUAGCGAGGGGCCCAAUGACAGUUGGGUUGCUGUCAGGUAUUUUGGUGGCCAAGCUCCAGUUGCAAAGAACCAAAUGAAGCUACGUGGUUGAUAAGGGAAGUGAAGAGCAAAUGGGAAGGAGGAACAGUUAGGACUUUCUGUACAAAAUGUUUGAUUGCCAUGUAAGGCACAGAAGAAGCACACAACAACAGAGUUCUUGAGGUGGGAAUGCCAACUGCCAGCUCUGAAUCCCUUGUUGGGAUCAUACAACUGGAUCAGCAGCAUGGAAAGGUGGAGAAAGUCUCAGUACUGUUUCUUUUUCAGAAGUUUUAUUUAGAUAUUUCCAUUUUCAGUAUGGAAAACAUAGACUUAAGAGCAGCUGGGGAUUGUGCCCAUUGGAUUUGAGGUGGGUUUGGGAAGGAGCUGCCCCAAUCAAUGAAAAGAAAGGGCUUACAAACAGACCCUUUAACAUUAGCUAUGGUGCUCUGCAGUGGAGAAAACAUGUCAUAAGUAAUAGGGGCCUGAGGGAGGAUGAAAUGAGGAAUUUGGAGUUCGUUAAUUAAGAGCCUUUUGUAUAAAGUGUAGGCUCCUUGGAGGAGCUGAUGAAGAAGGGCAGACAAUAUAGAACAAAACGUUAUGGGAAGGAAACUGACAAAUGGGUAUAUUAUUCGCAAUGUAUUUGAAGUCUUUUCACGCCUAUUUGAGGUCUGAGAUCUUGAAAUCGCAUGCCUCUGACAUUUAGAAGCUUUUAAAAUUUGCUCUACCUAUUUCCUGAAAUCCACGACCUCAGGGUACUUCUGUUCUUCCUUCUAAACUAGGAAGAAAUAAAUAAAUAUUUUACUUCUCCCUUCUCUCCUAUAGCAGCACAUUUUACCUUGGACAUGGUACAUCCCAUUGUUUCCACAAAGGAAAUAGUAUUUUUAUCGUUGCUUGAAUGGUUCAAACCCCCAAUUGUGGUUUCAGAUUCUUCAUGUCAGACCAUCUCCAUAAUUUAGGAUUUCCCUCCUAAUCCGUUAGCCAGUUAGAUGGAAUGAGGAUAGAGGUGAGGGACAGAACCAUCACCCCUUUUCUAGAGAUGCUGUCUCCAGAAUGCAGGAUCCUUCGACCUGAUCAGCAGAGUGUUAAAUCUCAUGCUUGAAAGUUUAUCUUCUUGUCUAAGCAUGUCAUUCAGCUUCUGGACCAGGGAGGUAGCAAGGAACCAAAUAGUGGCUUUAUUUCUAAACAUAUUAGGGUGGGUUGGGGUGGAAAGUACCUGGGUCACUGCCCUUCUUUUGAUGAAAAAUCCAAUCCAUUGCUGAUUUGGAAGCUAUUCUGUCCUAUAGCAUUGACCUUUAAGUCUUCCUGUUGAGAGGAGAAAUGCAGGGAGGCUUUUUGGAAGCUUAAACUUGUCCCAAAGGUGACCAUCACUUGACUCUGAAUGAUAAGCUUUUGAGACUGUUGUCAUGUGGAGUUGACUGAGUUGAGAUUUCGUAUUAAGAUGUAAUCUUAUAAAAUAUUCUGACCUAAGAAGGGCCACAGCAUAUGGAAGACUGUUAAUACUUUGCAAUAGGUGCUCCGAGAAAUUGUCUCCACAAUUCCCCUGUGUUUAUCUCUACUUCAUCUUAGAUGUGUUAUCAAACCAAGAUUGUGGUUUCCUCAAAGUUUGGAAUUAGGCCCUCAGUGUCUCAGUAAUUUGUAGAAAUACCUCAUCUGGAAGCAUUGACUACUGAAGGCUGAGAUGAUGGCUCUUCCUGUUAUGUGUCCCCCAUCCCAAAUGGCUAGUCUCCCAAACUAUAAAUCUUUCAAAGGAUGUAAAGACACCUGGGAGAUCUGGCCCUGAAAUCUGCUUUGCAGCAUCAACGUAGCCCACCACUCAUGUCACAAGGAACAUUUCCCUUCCGUGGCUCUUAAUGCAACACUUUCAAUGAAGAAAUAGGCUUAGCACCUGUGAACCUUGACCCUGAAGAGGAAAGUUUAGAAUUGCUUCUGGUCAUAAGAAGGCAGAUGCUUAACCCCUAUUUUCUUUGGCUGUUGCUAAUGAAAGCUUGAACUUCUGCUAUUUUCAAGGUACUAUGGGGAUUCAAAAGGAAUCUAGAACCUGAUUCCUCCGUAAGUUGAGAUAGGAAUUUGGGGAGAUACUUUGCAUUACACAAAGCAUUUAGAAAAUAGUAUGACAAUGUAGAAUCAACUGCCAAAUUAUAGUACAGAUGUGUGAUAGGAGUUAGAGGUCCCUGUGAACUAGAGGUGGGAAGUGAAGGCUUCAUAGAUGUGACACUUGACAGUCUUGAAGGUUUAGUGGGAUUGAAAUAGGCAGAAAGGGACAGAGCAGCAUGAGUAGGUGCACAGAGGUAGAAAUGAGUGUAACAUGUUGGGCAGCUCAGAACCCCAAGCCAUACUAGCUAGAUAUAUCAACUUUGACUUUUUCCUCCUUUUCAGUUCAUUGGUUUAUAGUUAGAAACCUCCAGCAUCCGUCAGCAGAUUUUCACCCUGAGAGGGAAUCUGGAGGAGGCAGACUGCUGAAUCGAGUCUUGAGGACCUACCUUCCUUUCCCUGGCAGCCUCAUAGGACCCUCUGAAGGCUGCCAAUCCCCUACCUAUUGUUCCACAGGGACAGCUAAGGAAGUACUGUGUAAUAUGGCCCUUUUCUCUGAAGGCAUUUGAAUUUCCAUGGUAUUAUUUGAAUUCUCAAAUCCUGACUCAAACUGGCCUGAAUAAUUGACAGUUCUCCCCACUUGUCUUUCUUCUCCUUGGUUGCAGGGGCAACUGCCCCUACAGCAGCCUCUUGCUGGAUGCUCAUCCCACAGCAGGGGAUGGUAGAACAGAAAAGGGCAGGAAGGGACUUGGCUAUCCUCAGGAAGUGAGUCUGGAAAUGGCAGAGAAGCAGAGUGGUAGACUAGGAUUGCCUGAGGUGACCCUGAAAAAUCAGGCCUAAGAGGUUGGAAGUAGAACAGGGAGAGGCUGUGCAGCUAUGCCAGUAAUAUAUGCCCCUCAUGCCCUCCUCCAGAUACCUUCUGAUUAGACUGACCUACCUACCUCUUCCUCAUUCACAUUAAAGUCAACGAAAAUGGCAAGUUACUCAUGAAUUCAUUCUCCCCCACUCCCAUUUUCUUUUAAGUCACAGAAACUGGAAAAGACAGAGGAUCCAUCACUUCCUAAAGGGUUGGCUUGGGCAAGUGAUGUCAGUUGCACCCUUGGGCUACUUGCAAAGUGGACUCACUGAAUUAAUCCUCUUGUCCGUUAUCUACUGUAACCUUCCGUGGGACAGGAAUAGACUUAGACUUAUGUGAGCUAGUGACAACUACUGCUAUAACUUGCUAUUACUUGAAAUUCGUAUGCUGCGAUGGGGGUGGGGAGGGUGGGACUUGUGGGGAGACACACAUCUAUGGGUGAGGACAGAUGGCUUCGAAGCUCCUGAUCAAUAAUGUUUGCCUUGGCCUUGGGACCUAGCCCUGUGCCUAAAUAUAAUGACUGGAACUCUCUGGAGCCUGAGCUGCCUCAGGGAAGGGACUUGGAAAGGGGUGGGGCCAACUCCGUUCUAUUUCUAGUAGCGCUGCUUAUAUAAACCCUUUCUCCUUAUUAAGAUUGGGAACAGUGUGGAGGUGACAGGAGCUUCCAACCCGCUCUGCUCCCAAGAAGAGAUGGGGGAGGUCAAGGCACCCAGAAGAGGUGCUGGAGAUGAGGCAAAAGGAGAGAGACACAUCCUAGGAGAAGUCCCAGCCUCUCAGGUCUUUCCUCUGGGCUCCUGGAACAGCAAAGCUUUCCUGAAGCCCUCUGCUCUCUGCAGAAAAAAUGUUUUUGUUUUCUCUUUUACCUUCCUUGUUGCCUCUAACUUCCUUUUGAGCUCUGGGGUUGAAAGGCUUGGCAAUGGUUCUAAGAGGUCUGAAAGUCUGGGUGCAUGUCUGUCUUCACUUACAGAACUGUUACCCAUCAUUUGGGGAGUUGGGAGCAUCUCUGUUGGGGGGAGAUCUGACAUAUUUGCCAAGCUUAAGAAAAUGUCCUCUGCCCCCAAGGGAGGAGCUUUGGAGUUAGACAUUUUCCCUAUGGGAAUCUUUUGGUUUGGUUUGUGGGGGGGUGGGGAGGGUCAGAGGAGGGAGAGGGUAAGUGCUUUUAUCUAUAGUCUCCAACAUAGCUGGUCUUACACUGAAUUUGUGCUAUUGCAUACAUGUAGCCAUCUUUCUUUUCACUGCAGCAGUGUUUAUCGGUAGUUCAAAGUAAUUUAUUUGCUCCUGGGGAGUAAAACUUUUUUAUUUAAAAAGAAAAAAAAAA